CGGAUGAUUAUUAUUCCUUUCAAUUACUUUGGGUUGAACUCUAGAAAUAUUGUUGGUUUCAAAAGAUUGGAAUCUUUUCAACUUCAUUUAAUUGUUGAGAAAGACGAACGAAGUGGUGGGGUGGCGACUGGAGCAGAGGCGUCCGGCCACCGUGGUGGUUGAGUUUAGGUUGCGGCGGCUAGGUUAAAGGUCUUUGUUGUGUGUUUCGUUAACUUAUCAAUAAUGACAAAAAUCAGUAAUCGAUUCCGGGGCUCUUUGAUGGUACGUAGUUAUAUGGACCCAACAAGGUUAAAGACUUUUACCAUUAAAAAAACAAGGCCCUCUGGUUUAACCAAUGGUCACGCCACAUUCUAUGGAGAGAGUGACGCUUCUGGAACAAUGGGCGGAGCUUGUGGGUACGGAGAUCUCUAUGCGGGGUAUGGUACAAUGACAGCGGCCUUAAGCACGGCUCUGUUCAACAACGGAGCUUCUUGCGGAGAAUGCUAUAAAAUAACGUGUGAUUACGCGGCGGACUCGCGGUGGUGUAAGAAAGGAGCUUCGGUGGUUAUUACAGCAACCAACUUCUGUCCACCAAACUUCGCUCUACCGAGCAACAACGGUGGUUGGUGCAAUCCACCGCUAAAACAUCUCGACAUGGCACAACCCGCUUGGGAAAAGAUCGGCAUUUACAGAGGUGGGAUUGUUCCCGUCGUUUUCCAAAGGGUAAGUUGUUACAAGAAAGGGAGCCAAAAACAUUCAAGAAAGUAGAAGUGUAGGAGACUUUAAGGAAGAAGUAGCUGAGCACAUGGGAUGGUAGACUCUCUCUCCCUUCUCUCAUAAGAUUUCUUGAGAGAUAGAGAAAGUCGCGGUGGUCCCGUUUUCUUCCUCCUUUCUGGUUCACGACAAUGACUCUGGUGCACGGUGGUCUCUAUGACGCGGUGUAGCUGGCUUUGACUCCGAUGUUUUGCGAUCUUCCAAGCGAAAUCAUUCGGCUUUGGUUCCCGGUGGAAUCCGAUGAUCGAUCGCUUUGUUUGGAUCGAUGGAGAAGUUUGAGGCCGGAAAAGAUGGUGGAGAAUUGUAUUCCCGAUUUGGCUCCGGUGGGACACGGUGGGAUGUGUUUCUGGAAACGGUGAAAGUGGUGAAAGAAUUGGCGUGGCUCCUCGUUUAGGUUGAAUUCUGGUGGUUACUGAUUAGGUCCGGUGAUGUGUUAACCGGUGAAGACGGUGUUUGAUACGGCGCCGAUGGGUUUGGGCGCCGGCGUAAGAUCUGGUCGGUGGAGGCAGGAGACGGUUUACUCUGCGUCGGACACGUUAUCCUUCGUCGUUGAACACGUGUUGUGUACGUGUCUUUUUGGGAGGGGGUUCUGUUUCGGGCCUUAAUCUUCGGCCUCGUUCUUGGGUGUUUAUGGUGGGCCGUUUGUGGUCUUUCUUUUGUUUGAUAAUAGUUUGGACUUGUC